CAUGCAAAGCUACGGGACGGAUAAUUACACCGUGUUCGCGUGCUACGAUUUCCUCAAUGCGAACCCAACGCCAGCAGCUCUGCUCCAAUAUGGGACAUACCAGUCCACAUCCGCAUCAUCUCCAGCAAAUAUUGGUAUCAACCCCUCUGGAUCAUUGCUGGUGUUUCCUUUUACCCCGAAUACGAACCCCACCCAAGCUGGAGCGUUGCUCGCGUUCAACACAACCGCAACUAAUAAUAGAGUGACGGCGCGUUUUGGCAUCUCCUUCCUCAACGCUGACCGUGCAUGUGUGAACGCCGAGGAGGAAGUGCCGACCUGGGAUUGGGAUGGCGUACAAGAAGCGUCUAGGAGCCAGUGGGAGGAGGUUUUAAGCCGAGUUCAAGCGGACACAGCGAAAGAGGACCCGACCAUCGUGGUAUUGCUGUACUCUUCGCUCUAUCGUGCAUCCCUUGUCCCAGCUAAUUUGACUGGAGAAAAUCUGUACUGGUCCUCCCCUUAUCCAUUCUACGACGCCUUAUUCUGUUCUUGGGACACUUUCCGUACCGUCCAUCCACUCCUCUCCAUCCUCUCGCCCUAUGAAUGGGUACAUCCCAGAGUGCCGUGCCAACACGAAGGGAGGGUACGUUCAAGGCGGCUCAGAUGGCAUGCCCAUCCUCGCGACUUCGCAGUCAAGUACGGGCGUGAUGCAGACAGGCUCGGUGUCCCUGUGAACGAUCUGUACCAGGCCCUGGUCGACACUGCUGAGAAUACGCCCCCUGACUGGUAUCGAGUGGGCAGACAGAAUACGGCAUGGAAGACUUUUGGUUACAUCCCCACUGCCUGGGUCGAUCCAUCUGGGUCGACGGGAUUGGCGACGCGCGAGGCGUCGCGCGCAUUGGAGUAUGCUCUAGGCGACUUCGCCGUCCGCCAAGCGGCCCUGGCGCUCGACAAGCCCGCGUCUGAUGUAGCCAAAUAUACGAACCGAUCGAUGAACUUCGUCAACCACUGGGAUGCAAGUGUCGUCCACGACGGGUAUAAAGGGUUUAUGCAAAGGAGAUAUGCGAACGGAACCUUCGCGUUCAGCCCACCCGAUGCGUGUUCGCCUGUAGACCCGACGCCUCAUUCAUGUGCGCGGGGCUCCGACAAUAACGUAGGAUUCUAUCAAGCGUCCUCAUGGGAAAUGAGCUUCUUCGCGCCGCACUCAAUCUCAACGAUCGUUCGGCUCAUGGGUGGCGAUGAAGCGUUCGUUAAUCGAGGGGAACACUAUUUCGCGAAAGGCUAUUUCCAGGCGGGAAAUGAGCCCUCGUUCCAGACUCCUUGGCUGUACCACUAUGCGAACAGACCUGACCUGACGGCCCUCCGUGUGCGCAAAGUCGUGUACCAGAACUUCAACACGGGGAUACGGGGAAUUCCAGGGAACGAUGACUCUGGAGCGAUGGCCUCACUGCUCGUCUUCCACCUACUCGGCCUGUACCCUGUUCCUGCUUCGACCCAGCUACUCUUGUCCAGCCCGUUCUUGUCCUCGUAUACCAUCACGAACGCCCUGCGCGGCACAUGUACCCGCGUGUCCGUGGAUGGGUUUGAUAGUUCGACACUUGUGGCGACACCUCCUUCGAGUAGCAAACUUUAUGUUGUCGGAGUUCAGGUCAACGGCGUGAGGCGUGAGACGGUGUGCUGGAUUGGGUGGGAUGUCCUCGUCGGCGGAGGAGAGAUCGUGAUUGAAGUGGGCGAGAAACCUUUGGAGGACGGGUGUGGUACGAGUGCGGUAGCGCGGCCAGCUUCAUUGGAAGAUGGUGGAUUUUG